AGCCCUCAUAGCAGCAAAAGACAAGAUCACAAAGCUCUCACCAAUUCCUGAAUCUGAAUUACAAGAAGAUAUCAAGAAGAAGAUCUUAAAAAUUAAAAAUAAUGAAAAAGGUGGUGAGAAACUAACAGCAAUGAAAGAAUUCAUCAAACUGACCGAUCACAUCUUUGAGGAGAUCUUGUACAGUGAUGUCAACCUGAGAGAUGCCAAGAUGAUGCUUGAGGAUGUUGUGAUGCGACGUCUGCCGAAAUGUGUGGGAGAGACUAGACUACAAGAAACUGAAGAGGCCUUCAAGGUUGAGUGGACAACAGCGGUGUACGAGUGGAACAAACUUCACCCAGAUCUGGUCUUGUAUAAGAAGGAUUUCAGCACUGAAGUGAUUAAACUGGAUUAUAAUAAGGAGGAAGAAAACCCUAUCAAAAGUGUCUAUUUCUACAGAAAGAAGCAGCAGAAUAAAGGCUGCAAGAUUAGGAAAUAUGAGAUAUCCAGUCUGCUGCCGAAGACGUUUAGUGAACAAGUUGGUCGAGUUUACUACACAAAAAACUCUGAUGAGGAGGAGAAGGACGCUAAGGACUGCUUUAUAUGGUGGCGCCUUGGCAAGUGUGUAAUUGAGCUAUAUGAUCAGAAUGAGUUUAAUGGUUCCAAGUGUGUGGUCACAGAGAACUGUUCAUCAUUGGACUGCUGCAGUAUAACAGAGGUUCGCUCCUGCAAGGUGAUCCGAGGCGUUUGGGACCUCUCUGAGGGUCGUGACUAUGCUGAACCCCAUUACCAACUGAAGGUGGGGGAGUAUCCCAAUCCUGGGUCAUGGGGCAAUGGCAACACUGCUCCUGCUCUGUCUGUUAAAUGUCUGACAUCUCAUAAGAUCCAGCUUUUUGAAAAUGAAGAUUUUGAAGAGCCAAUGCAUGAGACAACAGUUAACCGUCAUUCAUUGGACGGCUGUGGUAUAAAGGAGGUCCGCUCCUGUAAGGUGCUCAGUGGUUUUUGGGAUCUCUAUGAGGGUCCUGACUAUGCUGAAUCCCGUUACCAACUGAAAGUGGGGGAGUAUCCCAAUCCUGGGUCAUGGGGCAAUGGCAACACUGCUCCUGCUCUGUCUGUUAAACGUAUGACAUCUUAUGAGAUCCAGCUUUUUGAAAAUGAAGAUUUUAAAGAGCCAAUGCAUGAGACAACAGUUGACCGUCAUUUAUUGAAUGGCUGUGGUAUAAAUGAGGUCCGCUCCUGUAAGGUGCUCAGUGGUUUUUGGGAUCUCUAUGAGGGUCGUGGCUAUGCUGAACCCCAUUACCAACUGAAGGUGGGGGAGUAUCCCAAUCCUGGGUCGUGGUGUGCCAGUGACCCCACUGUUCCUGCUCGGUCUGUUAAACAUGCUUUUAUCCAAAGCGCCUAGAAAAGGAGUAACUCCAGGAUUGAAUGCUUACAACUGAUUGACAGCUACUGAAGCCACAUGUGAUUAUUUUGUGAAUAAAGCGUGUGGCAGAUGCUGCUGAAAAAGAGCAGUGCAAUGAAAUAUCAGUGAUGAGUAUAUCAGUUUAAAGAAACCGCUAUUAAACUAUAGUGGGGAAGAUUUUACCUUGAUUUUACUUCUUCACGAAUGCAGUAGACUGAUAUUUGGGGCUAAUAGCUGAUUUAUGUUAGUCUUUGAGCAGCUUUCUAUAUGCAUGUCGUUAUUAUUAUAUUCACAAUGUGGUGCUGGAUGUUGGGUGAAUAGACACUACAGAAGAUAAUUGUGAAGGGUUGUGUUAUAUUAGGACAGGUUUGUUUGCUGAUGGAUAAAUAUAGGUAACCGAUGGACCAUUUAUUUUUUGGUAAUUUACUGUGUAUGUGUGUAGAGUAGAGAUCUGGUACAGUUCUUGUGAGAUAUUUUGGGGAGAUGCUAAUUUUUAGAGAUUGAAUUUGAUAUGGAAUCAGUCUUUUUCUACAUAUAAUCUUUAAUAUUUUAGGAUGCAGGAGUUUAGUUAUAUAUGUCUUGUGUGAUUAAUGGGAAAACAGGUUAUUGGUGGAAAAUGUAAUGCAUUUCAGCUUGUUAUUCUCAAAAACUGACAAAAAUAAACUGUAAUGCAUCAACAACAAUGGUGGAGCAAGUAUUUAUUUCUUGUCUAA